CCCCCCCGCCGCGCCGCCUCCGCCUCCGCGCAGAUCAGCGCGCCGCCGCCGCCGCCGACGACGACGAGGACUGCCCGACGUGGGGGUCUGUCUCGCCGCCCGCCUGCCUCGGCGAAGACUCGCAUCUCCUCCUCCUCCUCCGCCGCCGCCGCGGCGUGCAGCUUGUUCUCUGGUGGGGGGCGAGGGGAGGGCUUGUGACGUGGCCGGGGUGAGGGGUUCCUGACCGUACGUGCGUUCCGUCUCUGGGUGGGGCGGGGCGACCGCCGCCCUGCGACGACCGACGAGCGCCUCCGCCGGGGGACGGUAGCCCCGGAUAGGAGGGAGGAGGCGCUGCCGAGUUGGCUUCGCCGCGCCUAUGUGAUUUGCGGCGGCGGCCGGAGCUGGGGAUUCGUUCGGGCGGGACGACGACGACGACGCCGACGCCGUGGAUGCCUCCGCCGCCGCCGGAUCGGAGGGACUUCCUCUACAGAUAUGGCCGCAGGCACGACGGCGGCGGCGCCGGCGACCCCCUCCCACCGCCAGCCCCCACGCCGCCGAGGUGGCGGGAGUCGCCGUACCAUCCCCUGCCGCCACCGCCGCUACGUGACCACUCGCGGCCCUCACCUCGCCGGACGCCUUCGUCGGUCUCCUCAGAGGGCUAUUACCGACAGGGCGGCGCCUCGUACGACCGCUCCUAUCCUGAUGAAUCGCUUGGGUACACGCCCUCGCGCUCAGACCGGUACUGGGUGGAGGACGAGGACGGCGGCUACAAGGGUUUCGGCCGGUAUGGUGGUGGUGGCGGCGGCAGCCGGAGGGACGGCCGGGACAUCCGGGGUUCCUACCGGAGGUCGCCGUUUAGGGGAUAUGGGAGCGACUUCUCCAGAAACCACCAAGAGCACCCGCCUCCACCUCUGAGGAGGUCGCCCCUGAGAUCAGUGGCUGUACCGAUGUGUUAUGACCCUCCUGGUGAUAAGGCUGAGAGGGGUGAUAGGGACCAUCAUCACCGUGUGACUCCUUGGCGGCCCCUGCGCCGUAGGGAGAGCAGAUCUGAUGCGGGAGACACAUCUGGGGCUGAACCUGUGCCUGCUGGACAGGCCACCACAGCGGCGGCCUCAGAGAAGGACGCAUGUCCCGACUUCUCCGCAAACCACCAAGAGCACCCGUCUCCACCGCCAAGGAGGUCACCCCUAAGAUCAGUUGCUGUACCGAUGUGUUAUGACCCUCCUGGUGAUAGGGCUGAGAGGGGGGAUAAGGACCAUCAUCACCGUGUGACUCCUUGGCGGCCACUGCGCCGCAGGGAGAACAGAUCUGAUGCGGCAGACGCAUCUGGGGCUGGACCUGUGCCUGCUGGACAGGCCACCGCAGCGGUGUCCUCAGAGAAGGACAGUUCAGCUCAGUCUUUGGCUGUCGCGGCUCCUCAGGCCUCUGAGGAGGAGGCACCAAGGAAGAAGCCUCGGCUUGGAUGGGGGCAAGGUUUGGCCAAGUAUGAGAAGCAGAAGGUACACGGUCCUGCAGAUUCUGCUGAGGCUGUUGCUGAAGGCAGCCCAACUUCCACCGAUCAAAAGGCAGUCACAAAUACACCAGCAUUUGCGCCUUGUGUGUCCCCAGUGGCCACACCAUCACCUGCACCGCUAUGUAAAUCUCCAGUCCCGGAAGAUAAAUCCUGUGAAAUGACAGCAAAUACGGUCACUGAAUCCAAUAAAAAUAUCCCAGUAGCUGAUGUUCAGGCUUGCAACAACGAAGUCCCUACUACAUUAGAUCAGCUCGAGGGUGAUCCCAUUGAUUCGCUUGCAAAGGUCCUUUCUGUACUGGUGCAACAUGAAGAUUCCUGUUCUGGGGAUUCAAAAGGACUGACUAAUGGCAGUAAGUUAUUGCUACUGAAGGAAAGCAUUAGCAAAGAACUCGAAAAGACAGAACUUGAGAUUGAUUCCUUGGAAGGUGAACUUAAAUCUGUAACUACAAAAGCCAGAAAUAGAGCUCUUAAAGAUCCACCUAAAGCAUUAACUUAUGCACAGAAUCCUUUACCUUCUCCUGUGAAAGAACAAGGAGAACUGACCCCUUCUCCCAAGAUUUCUAUGGAGCAGGAUGCUGAUGUAAAAGGCUCAGAGCUCAUGGAAGUAGAGACAGCUCAAGCUCACAAUGCAAAGGCAGUUUCUUCAGAGGAGAGUGUUGCUUGUCCUGGAGUUGCUCAGGGCCAGGUCCCUGCCGCUGCUGAUGUUAUCCCAUCGGAUCCAUCUGGGAAAAUUGGUUCUGGAAUUGAUGUUGAUAAUGGGCAGCAUGAAGAGAAUCCAUGCCAUGAUAAUUUUAAUGCCAUGAAAGCAGAUGACAACAGUGACUUAACAAGGCCUUGCUCUUACCAUGGUGUCAAAUAUAACUUAGUUGAUACAGUUCUUUCUAUGAACAGGAGUUUAGCCAAAAACACUUCUGAAUUGCUAUUUAAGCCUGUGCUAGCUGAUCGGUCCCAUCUUGAUUUAUUGGAAUCAAGUCAUCUUUCUAGCCAAAUGAAGAAUGGUCUAAUUAUUAAGAAGAAGUACGCCAUACUUAAAAAUCAACAAAGAUUCAAAGAGCAGAUCCUCACCUUCAAGUUCAGGGUACUGCGUCACCUCUGGAAGGAGGAUGUGCGGCUUCUUUCAGUAAGAAAGCAGCGUUCUAAAUCUCAUAAGCGCACUGAGCAGAACAACCGAGCACCACAGAGCGGAUCGCAGAGGCAGCGGUCCUCUAAUCGCUCCAGGUUUGCUGUACCAGCUGGUAAUUUAAGCACAUUUCCUAUCACAGAAAUGUCAGAUAUAGCAAACAAGAUGUUUUCAGAAUUUCAGCUCAAGCGCUGCAGAAAUUACUUGAAAAUGCCUUCAAUGAUUGUAGAUGAAAAAGAGAAGGCGGUUGCUAUGUUUGUGAAUAAGAAUGGUUUAGUUGAGGAUCCUAUUUCUGUUGAGAAGGAGCGGUCUUUGUUUAAUCCUUGGACUCAGGAGGAAAAGGAAAUCUUUAUGGAGAAACUGGCUACAUUUGGCAAAGAUUUCUCGAAAAUCUCCAGUUUUCUUCAGCACAAGACAACAGCUGAUUGUGUUGAGUUUUACUACAAGCACCAUAAAUCUGAUAGUUUCCGAGAAGUUAAGAAACUUCUAGACCUUCGGCAACAGCAGCAACCUGCCAGCAAUUACCUAGCAGCAGUAUCUGGAAAGAAAUGGAAUCCUGAGGCAAAUGCUGCUUUGCUUGAUAUGCUUGGGGUGGCCACAGAGGUGGCAGCCCAAGGCCUUGAAUAUGCAAAUGAAGUGAAGAAAAAUUCUGUGAAAUCUAUCAUGCAGAUUGCUUGUGGUGCUGCUAAUUCUACCAAAGGAUCUGAGGACUGUGUUGGGGAUGUUUCUUUGCAUGAGAGAGAAUCUGUAGCUGCUGAUGUUUUGGCAGGCAUAUGUGGCACUCUCUCUCCAGAAGGAAUGGGCUCAUGCAUUACCAGUUCUGCUGAUCAUGGUCAGAAGAUUGGGAUAUCAAGAAUGGAGCAUCUUUUAACUCCUGAAGCAGAUAAGAACUUUGAUGAUGAUGGCACUCUCUCAGAUCAGGAGUGUGAAGUUGAUAUAGUUGAUUGGAAUGAUGAUGAGAAGUCAAGAUUUAUUGAUGCUAUGAAUAGUUAUGGGAAGGAUUUUGCUCGCAUUUCCUCGUGCGUGAAGAGCAAGUCAUCCGAACAAUGCAAGGUUUUUUUCAGCAAGGCUCGGAAAUCACUUGGUUUAGAUCUGAUCCAUCAAGGUGGUGCUGAUGCUGGUUUCCCUACAGGUGAUGCCAAUGGAGGGAGGAGUGGUACAGAUGGAGCCUGUAUUGCUGAGAUGGAUUCAGCUAUCUGUAGUGCACAGUCAUGUCCUGAAAUGGAGGUAGAUGCAUGUCCUAUAUCUGAUGGAGAUAUCCAAGGGCAUGAUCCUCUUUCUGGUGUUGCCUCUAAGCAGCCAGAGGCUGACAAAUCAAAUGUGCCUGAUGAGGACAUAAAUGCCAAGGAGGGUGGAAGAAAAGCAGAAAAAGACUGCAGCAUUAUUGAUCAUAAACAGUUAUGUGAAGAUGCUCGCGAAACGUCCUAUCCUCGUAUUGACAUCAACUGUCCUGAUAGCACAGAUAAACUGCAAGACACAGAGGAUGUUAAACCAGUGAAUAUGCAUGCAAAUGAUGCCAUGGUCUCUUCAGUUGAACAGGCUGUGGCAGCACAUGUGGAAACUAGAACCAGUUCACAUUCUGUUGAAGUUAUUGAAUCAAGCAGGGCAUCGAAAGAGAUUGUCAUGGAUGUUUCCAGGAUGGAAGGACGUUCACAUGAGACUGCAAUUUGUAAAGGUGGAAAAUCAACACCACCUGUUUGCUUGCCUGCACUUGGUGUUAGCAAGGAAAAUAUCAUACACUUCUCAAACAUGGAUGAAGCAACCCCUAUUAGGCCUGCAUUUACUUCAAAUUAUCAGCAAACUAAGUUGGCAGAUCCAAUGCAAUCAAAACCAAAGCCCCUUACCCCGAAGGAUUUGAUGCCUGUGCAAUUUACUACGUCACUGCCUGAUCCUACGUCAAUUUGUUUUGAGGGUAUAGCUGCCAUAACUACACCCAAUUUCGAGGAUGAUGGCAACAAAACCAGCAUUGCUUCAGGGGCAAAAGAUGUGAGCAUGUUCCCAGCAUAUAAAGACCAGUCUGGUAAUCAUCAUGAUCCACUGUUUCAUAAUGUCGAGGGGUACAUGCAACAGAGACGGAAUAAUCAUUUUAGAACGGAAGUACCUGUUUUAUCUGAAAGCACUAUAGGUGGCAAUGCAGGUGUUUCCCAGUUGGACCAUUUCAUGGUAUCAAAAUUCCAGAAUGGCAGGUCCAGCAGCUUGGGCCUUUCCAAUGGAAAUCUUGGGGUUCUAUCGACUGGGAGAAGAGAGGAAGUACGGGAAGGCUUGUUUACGCCUUGUUCUGUCAAGGCAAGUUCAGGGAAUGAGCAGCAGCAAAAGCGGCCUGGUGAUGUCAAGUUGUUUGGGCAAAUUCUCAGCCAUCAAUCAUCUUUGCAAAGCUCUGGUUCAUCAACACAUGGAAGCAAAAGCAAGCCCCUGUCACCAAAGGUUGAUAAGUCAGCAUCUAGGUUGUUGAGUAAUUCAAGGGAAUGCCUGGUUUAUUCCUCCAGGCCGCCAAAUAUUGCGAACUUGGGGCUGGAGGAGAGAACAAUGAGGAGUUAUGACCAUUUUGAUACAGUGCAAACAAUACAGCCUGAGCCUAUGGUCAUGGUGGCAAAGUGUCAGAGAUCAUCAGCUGGUGUACCAGUUUACUCGACCAAAAAUGGUGCCCUCAGCGUGUUUAGGGAACUUCAACCACCUUCGGUGCAGCCACUCUCAUCAGAUCACAAACUGCUGGAAAACUUUGGCGAUAUUCAUAAGAGAAAUGGAAUUGAGCUCAUUUCAGGGUUCCAGCAACCCGGGAGGCUUGGGAGUGCCGGUGUCCUGGUUAGCAGCGUAUCUGACCCUGUGGCUGCUCUCAAGGCACAGUACGGCCCUGGUUCAAAGAUGUUGAGCAAUGACGUGGACACAUGGAAAGACAUAGGAAGCAGGUAGCAUCUGUAGUGGUGGUAGCGGCAAUAGUGCAAUGCUUUUCUUGCUCUGUAUCAUACUUAGUUUUUGUAACUUGGGAUGAAACUAAAACAUGGGAAGUGAAUGGCUUUCCUGUCCAUAUUAUUGUAGGAUUUGCAGUAGAUGUUCGUUUAAAAUUUCGCCUGGUAUUAACCCUUUUCUGUACCCUUUUCCCGCAGCCGCAGCAGCAGCUCCAUACUUGAUAGUUUUACCUGUUUAACAGUGAUGUAGGUUUUGCUAGAGGUUGUUGGUCAUGCUAUCCGCAGGCUGACAAGGAUGUUUGUUGGUAUGUCAGUUUUUAUGCAGAAACCUCACAGAUCAUUGUAAUGUGGUAAUGAUGCCCAACUCUAUUAGUUUCCUCCUCGCCUGCUGGAGUUUUGGUGAAA